UGACUUGGAAAGGAGGCGGAAGAAGCAUGAUAAGAAGAAGAACGACUUCAAAUUCUGAGCUUUAUGCAGAGAAGAAACAUUGGUUUCAUGAGUAUGUACGCAGACCUUCUGGAGAGUUGGAAAGAUCGAACCAUAAAAUCAAGUUUUAGCAUGUCUCAAUGGCUCUCCACUCAAUUUGGUAUUGACAAGAUUAGUACUCUUACUAUAUAAACCAUAAAACAUUGAGUAGAGCUAGACCGGGGAUAUUCUAGUAAUUUGAAAGUCCUUAAGAUAAACAAAGGUACUACAGUACUACAAAGUCCUCUAUCUACUCAAAGCCAGAGUUCGUUAUUGGAUAUAUCCACUAGGCUUUUGUUUUUUUGUGUAAAGAGAUAUGUUCGUCUCGAAAUGUCAAAAGACAGCACCAUUAUGUUUUCCUAUGAAUUCUCAAGCUCUUCUCCCAUGGAAAUGGAAGUAAACAAAGAAGAGAUCCCAGAAGUGGAAACUCUUUUCCAAUCCGAAGAAGAUGAAGAUGAAACUUCUUUAGGAAAAAGAAAGAUAAAUACGACUACUAAGACAGAAGAUGAAAGAGAAGUAAAGAGAAUAGCCUUCUCUCAAGAAGCCCUACAAAAAGAAGAAGAAGAAGAAGAAGAAGAAGAUAUGGAUAUGAUCGAACAAGAUACAGAAGCAGAAAGAGAGGAUCAUAGAGUUAACGACAAGAUCAUGGAAGAUAAUGUUCUUGAAGAAGACUAUGUCGUUGACUUUGAUGGAUUCUUUUGAAACUUGUCUUCUCUAAAGAUGACCACUAUGUUGACUUUUUCGUUUCUCAAGAUCUUUGCUUGAUUGCUUCUUUGUCGUGUAAUUAUAUAUGUAUAUAGGAAAUGAAGGAAAACAAAAUCUGUUUUCUGUCUC